AUGCGAGAGACAAAAGCCAUUUAUUCGUUUGAAUCAACUCGAGGUACACAUACACUUUAUCGCAUUUUAUUAAGAAUUCAGGGUGACUCUGACGACAACAACAUGAAUACCACCGGCGGUGUUAACAAAGCCGCAAAACUAAUACGACCAGACCAAGCGACUAUGGUAAUUAUGUAUCGUACACGGCCACGUCGCCAGUCGAUGAACUACAUAGACUCACGAAUUAGUAGCGAAUUCAUGAAUGAGGAUAUGGAAAAUGAGACUUUGCAAUGCCGUUCAACGGCUACAAUCGAGAAUAUGGGAGUAAAUUCUUGUUCUGCAUUUGGCGCUCAAGGUAACAUUACUGACGAUAAAUUAACUCUUCUACCUGUACUGCAAGAUACACUUACUAUAACACAAGAACGACAGACAUCCGAAGCAAAACAUACACCUUACGACGAACAGUUAUCAUCAAGUACUUCUUCAACUAUGAACUGGGAUAUGAAGACGAAUUAUAUAUGUCCAACAGUUGUUCAUCAUUCUACGAAUAAUAGUAAUAAUAAUAAUUAUGUUAAUUUAACUGAAUGUGUUUUACAAACAAGCCCAGCGACAACGAUAAUGGAAACUCCACAGACGACCAAGCUAAAUAAUGAUGAUAGUAUCGGAAAUAAUACUCAACAGCAAUCAACAAAGCAAAAUUUUACAAAUUUUGCUAAUACAGAUCUCAAUGGUUCAAAAGUGAUUCGUCUAGUUCGUGCGAAACAAGCUACCAAACGUAAAUCAAGUUUAGAUACGCUAAUUGAAGUUGUUCAGAAGGAACUUCUUCGUGUCAAUGGUCAAUCCAAUUCGACGUCACCGUCAUCAUCUCCGCCUCACUAUUCUCAAACACGUUCGACAACAAUAUUAUCCUCAUCCAAAGCUGUACAAUCCCAACAGCAACAGCGAUCUACGGUGUCUACCGUAUUACCCUCAUCACAUCCAAGUUCGUUAACAUCUCAAUCAAAUCGUUCAUUUAAAGCAGCACGGAAACGUGUUAAUCAGCAUUUUACUAAUCCAAAACGAACGACAUCAAAUCAAAACCGAAGUAAAUCAUUCAGUUCGAAUAACGAUGAAUUUACCGAUGAUCUUGAUCUAUCGAAUGAAGAUGACAUGAACAAUCAUCAUGAUGAACAACAUCAAUCGUCUAAUGAAUCCCUUGAACAGACAGAACCUUCAACAGAGAACAUAGAAGAAAUCGUUCGCGAAACUGUUGAUAGACUUGUUGCCAUAACAUUGCUUCAUAAUGCACCAUUUAUUGUUAACAUGAUUACCGGCACGCCAGGUAAUGGUGUUAAUACAACUGCAGAAUCAAAAGCAGUAACAAAUACAGUUAAUACUAAUACUACAUCUACUGCAAAAACUUCGACGACUACAUCAUCGUCUGAUUAUUAUCGUACUGAUCUUGCAUUACUCUCAUCAACUGCCAGUGAAUUACGAAGCUCGAUGCAGCAAUCAUCACCUCUAAAGCAACCAAUUGUGAUUCAGCCGAAUCCAUCAACAGAUCUAUCAAAGCCGUCGACAUUGUUUGUUACUCCGCGUGUAUUGAAUAUACAAACUGUUGUACCGAAACCAACAACGAACAUUCAAAUUGGUAAUACGAAAAUCAUUCUUGUAUCGUCAUCGACGACGGCAGCAACAGGCAAUUCUCCUAAUCAACACUCACAACAAUGUCUUGUUAAUAAUAGUCCUGUCAAAUUAGUGAAGCUAACGCCAACACUACCAAAGAAUGUUCAAAUUGUGAUUCCAUCCCGAACAUCUAAUGAAUCUCGUUCAACAACAACAACAACAACAAUUCGUCCUCUAUCGACUUUAACAACUUGUUCUAUGGAUCAAAUUCCUCAAGCAGCACAAGAAGUAACCAUAACCACAUCACCCAAUUUAAAUAAACCACGGAGACGUUCGUCAAGCACAACACCAACAGAUAAACCUGUAGGUAAGAUCCUACGACCCAUCGCAAAAGUUCUUCCAGUUUAUUCAUCUAACAAUAGUACUCAUGCAAACAACUCUUCAUCAAAUACGAACACAAGUGCAAAAAGCGAUGAUCUAUCGAAAUCAAUGUCUCUUCAUUUUCAACAACGUCCGUCAACAACACAUGGUCCAAUGAUAUACCGAAUGACAUCAAUGAAUCCUAAUGUGCCUGUCUUUCGUGUACGUGCUACAACUAAUCCGACAUCUUCGACAAUAAAAGCUGAUACUAAACCAAUAUCAGUUGCGACUGCUGCAAGCAUGUGUUACGAACCUAAACCAACGCAUAGUACAGCGACAACCAGUGGAUCGGUUUCCGUAGUUGCUUGCUUCAAAACGACAAAGAAGAGAAAUAAGAUCUUGAAAGAAAGACAUUGA